UUGGUUAAUUUGAAAGAUUGCAAAAGUCUUCAAAGUCUGCCAAAGAGUUUCUAUAGGUUGAAGUCUCUUCAAACUCUCAUUCUUUCUGGUUGUUCUAAAUUUGACAAAUUGGCUGAGGAGUUGGGGAAGAUGGAAUCCUUGACAACUUUUCUUGCAGAUAACACUGCCAUAAGACAAGUGCCAUGUACCAUAGUACAACUAAAGAACCUCAAAUACUUGUCACUGUGUGGGUGUAAAGGAUCACCAUCUAAGUCACUGUCUUCACUAGUUUUGUCUUGGAUAUUCCCGCGGAAAAGUCCCAGGCCAGUCCAUCUGUUGCCUGCUUCACUACAAGGCUUGAACUCACUAAGAGAGUUAAAUCUUAGUAAUUGCAAUUUAUCAUAUGCUGCAAUUCCUAAAGAUAUUGGGAGUUUAUGUUCCCUUCGAUCUUUAGAUCUACAAAACAAUCAUUUUCAUGGCUUGCCAUCAAGCCUUGGUGGUCUCUCGAAGCUUGAAAUUAUCACUUUGGAUAAUUGCACAAAGCUUCAAUCAAUUCCAGAUUUACCACCAAGUUUGAAUGUGGUGCAUGCGUCAAACUGCAUGGCGUUGGAAAGAUUACCAAAUCUAUCAAAUUUCUUACAUAUGGAAGCUUUGUACCUCACUAAUUGCAAUAAAUUAGCAGAGAUUCCUGGCUUGGAUAAGUUGUUGAAUUCCAUUAGCGAGAUUCAAAUGGAAGGGUGCAGCAAUUUAACAAAUAACUUUAAACAAAGCAUCCUACAGGAAUGGACUUUGAGUGGAUUUGGUAGUGUGUAUGGCAUUUUUCUCCCCGGCAAUGAUAUACCUGAUUGGUUUACGUAUAAGGAUGAGGGAUGCUCUAUAUGUUUUGAAGUGCCUCGCAUCAUUGAUCGUAAUAUGGAAGGGUUCGCUGUAUGCAUUAUUUAUUCAUCAUGUGGCAAUGGAGAGACAUGGUACGCUGGUGAUCUUCCUAUCAUUUCUGUACUCAGUAAAACCAAGAGUACCACUUAUCAAAAUGAAAGGCCAUUUAACAUUACUCUAGAAAUUUCGCAUGAAGAUCACAUUUGGAUAUUCAAUUUUGAUGAAAAUGAUGUCAAUUUGGAGGCCGGUGACGAAGUAGAGGUUAUCGCAGAUUUUGGGCCAGAAAUCGAUGUUAAGAAGAUAGGGGUUUGCCUAGUAUAUGGCAGGGAUAUUGAUGGAAAAAUGAUUCAUUAUGCCUCUACAUCGAAUAAGGAUGCCAUUGUUGCAAUUGAAUCUAAAAGAGGCCUUGGUGAUGAUGAAGCAGAUUUGAGCCAUGGUUGUUUUGACAACGAUCGAGCGGCUAAGAGAUUGAGGUGUGAACAUAAUCCUGAUGAUAAAGCAGAAUCAAGUCAUGAAUGGUUGCUUUGGCGACGAUCGAGAGCCUAAAAGAUUGAGGUUUGAAGAAGGAUAGCUCAUAUCACAAUAAGCAAGUGCAUUUCAUGAUUCUUUCUCAUUUGGACUCUUUUAAUUUUUUUGCUAAUUAAUUAUUUGAAUUAUGAAUCUGGGUUUCUCCAGAUUUGAUCUGUAUUCAAAGAUUUCAGUAUCGAUUCUCAUCUUUCCUUUCAUCUUUUUUACAUUGAUUCUGAAGGUGUUUCAAAGAUUUCUUGAGGCUUCGGUGGAGUACUUUCAAUCUUU